AUGCCGGAGUCGAGUACAGAACCAACGGUAUUAAUCGUAGGCGCCGGUAUCUUCGGCACCUCGACAGCAUACCACCUGGCCAAAAGCUACAACGACCCAAGCCGAAUCACAGUUAUCGACAGAACGCCAUCGCCACCAGAACCAGCAGCGAGCCACGAUAUCAACAAGAUCAUCCGAGCAGACUACUCCAGCCCUUUCUACUGCGAACUCGCAUACGAAGCAUUGCAUGCCUGGGCAAACUGGCCUGAGUUGAAAUCCUAUUACCACCAGACUGGAUGGAUCAACUUUGGCGAGGAGGGCAGCGACCUACCAGAAAGGAUACGCAAAGUCUUCAAGGACCGCGGCCACGACCCGACCAAGGAUGUACCGUUGGAGGAAAUUGACAAGCACUGGAAAGGAGUGCUGAAAGGGACGGAUUUGAAAGGGUUUCGAGAUGCCUACUGGAACCCUGAAGCUGGAUGGUGCGAUGCUUCUGCUGCCACCGCGAGUAUGAUGAAAGCGGCACAGAAUCACGGUGUCAGUUAUGCGGUCGGGUGCGUUGACGAAGUGUGUCUUGGGGAUGGCAGGGUGGCUGGUGUCCGGACCACGAGCGGCGAGGAGUAUUCAGCUGACCGAAUUGUGCUCGCUACUGGCGCCUGGACGUCCGAGAUGCUUUCUCCUGUUGAAGAUAAGCUGGGUGUAGCGGAUGAUGAUCGGGUCGAACGUCAGGCUCAGGCGGCUGGUGUUGCGGUUGCGCAUUACAAGAUGUCUGCGGACGAGAUGGAUCAGCUCUCUGAUAUGCCAGUGGUGGUAUAUGGAGAGGAAGGUGAAGUAAUUCCGCCUCCAGCCAGCAAUCAAUUGCUGAAGUACACAAAUUCCAACACCUUCUUCAACACAAUCGUGACAGAGUCUGGUCACAAGAUCUCUGUCCCACCAAAGCAAGACCAGCACAUCGUAUCCGACCGUCUGAAGCGUGAGACCAGGGCAGCCAUGUCCUCGCGAGUGAUGCCAACCUUCACAGAAGGCAAGCAGGAAGACUACUGGCGACUAUGCUGGGAUGCCUUUACGCCCACACAGGACUGGCUGCUUACCAAGCACCCUCACUCGAAGCUGAGCAACCUGUAUCUGGCCAUUGGGGGAAGCUUCCACUCAUACAAGUUCUUGCCGAUCGCCGGGAAGUACAUGGUCAACGUGUUGAAUGGUCAGGGAAACGGAGAUGAGAAAGACGACGCCUGGCAGUGGAAGAAGGAGAAUGUUGGCCGUAGAGGCGCGCAUGAGAAGACGAAGCCGAAGAGAGAACUGAGAGAUCUUGAUGAUGGCGAUGCUGCGGGUCCUGCUAAGCUCUGA